AAAGAUGUUAGUUUGGUGUGAGGUAUGGCGUACGCAAUAUAUCUAGCGUCGCAUCAGGAAAUCUGUGAUCGAUCUCAUGGUCUGCUUGAGAAAUCUGUGGACGCGCAUUCAGCUGAAUGAAAGCCUGGCUCUGUAGUGGCCCCUUCAGAACCUGGUUUGGUCUUUCUCAGUUCAUCCUGGAUAGAGCCAGGAUGAUGAUAGCGUUAUUCCAAACCUGGCUUCAUCUUUUAUCCUGGAUUUUGUAAUGCUAUUUUUGUGAAACAACCCUCAGGAGUUAAUUGGGGGAAGGUCUUCCGUACAGAGGCUGCUGCUGGCUGCCGAGGAGGAGGAGGAGUUUCAUGCCUGCGUUUUGUAGAGGACGUUCAGCUAAAAAGCUGCAGACCCACACAAAAACAGGGGGGCCUAGUUGUGGCUCUGGAUGGUUUCCGGGACAUGAAUCAAACUGGCACAGCAAUCUGCCUUACUCUGGAGGCAGGAUCUGUGAUGGACGACGACAAAGCUCUGUGUCUGACAGCGGUGACACAGGAAUCGGUACCUACUGCUCUGACAGUUUGGAAGAUGACUGCUGUUCCAGUGCAACUCCUCUGUCUUCCCUUCUUCUGUCACAGCAUAACUUAAACCAGGAAGAGGAUGGUGUCCCUUCAGCUCUCGCCAUGUCAUCUGCCUCGUCCUCACCAAGAAUCCUUUUAAAAAUGGCUUCUCCUUCCCACAGCCCAGGCUGCUGGAAUAUGUCUCGCCACAUUAGUAAGCAAGCCACAUCUUCUGUAGAAGCACCAAGCAGUUUGGACAUGAAAGUGCAUCAACCCAUCAGAAGGUCAUCCUCUUUUACCAAACUGUCGUCAGGGGUAGAUAAGAGUUCCACGAAGACAUCCAGUUAUUGCUACAGCCCAGGCGCUGAGGGCUCGCUGGAUAGAGGUGUACUUCAUGGUUAUAGAAAGAAAAGAUGGGAUUCAAAUAUCAACCUUUACCUACCAUUGUCUUCUACUAUGAACUGCAGCAAUUUUCUACUGAGAUCUCCUGGUGCCGAACCCAGCUAUCGCUACAAACACAGUAAUAGAUCUACUGGCUUGAAAACAGACCUGUCCCCUUCCUCAUCUCAUUCUUCUCCAGUUAAAUACAGCUUAAGCUGCUCCAGUUUUCAUGAGACGAAAGAUUCUGGGAAAGGUCAGCAAAUAUGUGGUCUUCAUUCAUCCAGCUGGGGUGACUGGCCGGUGGCUGAAAACCCUGACAGAGGCAUGCCCAUUCAGCCAGCUGUUCGAACCCAGAUGUGGCUGACUGAGCAGAUGGAGUACCGACCCAAACUGGAGAGUGGAAAUGAACCUGGCCAGGCCAGUUCACCAGGGACAGAAGACUAUGGCUUAAACGGCCUCACACUGUCUCAUCAGGAAUCGGGACUUAACCAGAUGCUAAUGGAAACUUCCAUUCCUGCUAACACUCUGCUGAAGGUUAAGGAGAAACUGCUGAGGGAAAGAGAACUGGAGAUACAAAGCCAAAAGCAACAAAUCAUGCAGCUGCAUGUGUGGAUCAGAGAGAACGAGCACAGAGCCCAGCAGGUCCUGGGCAGCCAGAGAGGACAGUUUCAUACCUCCAUAAUCCCAAAUACUGAGGAGUCAGCAAUGACAACAUCCUGCAAGCUGCAAUCUGACAGGCGAUGUUGUGAUGAAGAACUUAGUAAGAAAUUAGCAGCUGCCGAGCUUGAAGUGCUCCAUCUGAACCUGUUUUUUAAGCAGGUCACUCUAAAAUAUACAGAGGAGAUCAGAAAACUGGAAGAGAAGAUAAAGACAAGGGAUCGUUACAUCACCAGUCUGAAGAAGAAAUACCAGAGAGAGAGUGAGCAGAACCAAGACAAACAGCAACGCAUUGAGAUACUAGAAAAAUACCUCUCUGAUCUGCCCACAUUAAAUGAAGUUCAAGUCCAGUCCAAACAGCAGGAGAAGUUAGAGGAAAAAAACAGGCUUCUUGAGAAUACAGUGUUCCAGUUACAGAAGAGCAUAGAGGAAGAAUGUGCAUUGAUUAAGAAGAAAGAUGUCAUGAUUGAGAUGCAGGCCAAGACAGAGGAUGAGAUGAUGACAUCUGUACAAAGGUUGCGUAAGAAAGUGCAGCAGUGUCUGGAUGACGGGGCCAGGCUGCCGGUACAAGAUCUAAAAAACCUUUUGGGAGAAAAUUCUCAGCUCCUGCAGCAGCAAGAUAGCAGCAACAUGGUAUUAAGGAUACAGAAGGAUGAAAUUGAGAGACUAACUUCACAACUAAUGGCCACUAGUGGAAGACUGCUAAAAAAAAGAGAUGCUGCUCAUCCACCAGUGGCUUGUUCUCUGCAAAAGGAGGAGAACUUGGUCAGCAUGCUUGGAGCAUUCUCACAGGACAAAGACAAGUUGGUGCAUCUGUCAUCUGCAGGAAGCAUGUCAGGAGUGGACGAGCUUUUGAAAGAGAUGUCUUUGUGUCUGCUUGACCUGCGAGGUUUCUGCAGCAUCCUAGCCCAAAGAGCACAGGGAAAAGAGCCCAACCUCUCUCUGCUUCUGGGAAUGAAAUCACUCAGCGUCUCAGCAGAGGAACAGGAGCACCAGCUGGCUGAAGGAGAAGAGGAACCGAGCUCUAAGCUGCUCCAAGUCGGCCUGCUGAAGAGAGGAAUAGAUGAUCUGAGGAGAACUGUAGCAGAAUACUGUCCUCAGUAUGUGGCUCCAGGCUGUGCCACGCAGUGAAUUCUUAAACAUUUCAUUUAUCAAAUCUCUAACUCUAUACAACGAGGAUGUUUGGAAAAUGAAUCCUACUAUCUGUCACAGCUCUGAAAGGUUUGGACAUGUUUGAAGUUUUGUAACAGCUGUUGCCUCUAAUCCACUUCAGACCAGAAGCACAGCACUGGAUGCGAGCAGAGCAGCACGUCCAUCGCUCUACUCCUCUGACAAAUAGGAUCUUAUGCAGACAAUAAAAUGUUGAGGAUGGUGACACUAACUUUGCUUGGAAAUUAGGAUAUUACUUAAGGUCAUAUAAGAAUAAAUUCAAAGUCUAAGCAGAACUUUGUGCCUGUUGGUACUAUGGACAGUAAUAUUACAACCACACGUAGUUUGCGAUGUGCUGUCCUUCCUGCUGCAGAGCAUGGCUCACUGUGGAAGAUCUGCUGCAGGUUAGUAACAGCAGUGGGUCGAUCUGGGCUCAGACUUGGUCCUGGUGCUGCUCACCACACGGCCCACUUCACUAAACUGUUUUUAUAAAAUAAACCAUCAAACAUCCAAAUUUACAUAAAAAUAUUUACAGA